CAAUGAACUUUUGUUCCUAACAACAACGAAAAUGGCGUCUGUUGCUGCGGAAAGUCGGCCGCAAACUGUGUCGUUUAGCGAUUUGACGGAACGAACUCCAGAAAAUCUUGAGGCUGAAUUAGUACAGGAUCCUCCAAUUCAAGUCAACAAUAAUGCCGCCGAUGAUAUAGAAAUCGACUCUGAAGAAGAGGAAGCUGAAGAACAAGAGCCUUGCCCAGAUGGAAUUCUGAAUGAGCGAGCUAUCUCUGCUGGACUCUCCAACCUUGGUAGAUCUGCAGAUGGAACACAACUCACUUUCCUCAACCUCACACUGCCUGGCUACAACCUGCAAGGAAUUAACAUCCUUGAGAACUAUGUUCAUCUUCAAAAGUUAGAACUGCCUUACAACAGAAUAACAGAUAUCACUGUCAUGGGAUGUAUGCCAUACCUUGUUCAGCUUGAUGUAUCCCACAAUGAAAUCACAAACCUCCUGGACUUCAAGCCUCCAUACAAUCUCCAAGAGGUUGAUAUGUCUUUCAACAAGAUCAGUGAGAUGGGAGAUUUGUCAGCUCAUCAUGCUCUCACCAAACUAGUCCUUGACAACAACCAACUGUCGACCAUUGCAGGAGUGGAGAAUUGCCGGUGCCUUCAGCACUUGGGUCUGGCUCACAAUAACAUAUCAGUUAUUGAGAAACUGGACCACCUCCCUCUUAGGUUCAUCAACCUGCGAUGUAAUCAGAUCAGCAUGAUCGAGAACCUGGACACGCUUGUAAGGCUACAAUACCUUGAUCUCUCUGGCAAUGAAAUAUGCAGCUUAGAAGGAUUGCAGAAAUGUGUCUUACUGGAAACAUUGGAUUUAGAGAAUAACCAGGUUGCUGAUAUCACAGAUCUUCAGUACAUCGAGGGCCUUAAGCUGCUACGCCAUCUAACCUUGCUAAGAAAUCCUAUCCAGGAUAUAGAAGACUACAGACUAUCCCUUCUCUUCCGUAUACCACAGCUUAUAGAGCUGGACAGGCAUAAGGUGGAAGUCGAGGAGAAGAUAGCAGCUGUGAAUUUGUUUGAACCACCGAUGGAGGUGAUAGCAGCGCAGGACCACAGACGAGCUCUCAUCUACUCCUCCCUCAAACAAUCCAAGGUUCUUAUGAGUACUUUGCCAAGCAUCGAGACACCUUACCCAAUCCUGGUUCUUGUUGGACCCAGAGGAUCGGGAAAGCAAUCUCUUGCCCAGAGACUGGUGAAGGAGUUCUCAGAAUACUUUGGACUGGGGUUAUUACAUACUACCAGAGGACAACCAGCGGGUGGAGACAAGGAUUAUCAUUAUGUGUCAGCAGAACAAUUUGAAGAGUUGUUGCAAGAGGGUGAGUUCCUGUUGACCUAUCAGAUAAUGGAACAUCGGUAUGGACUGAGCCUCCAGGCCAUCGAGUCUGUCGCCGAAAAUGGACUCGCUUGUGUGCUCACCAUGGAGCUAGAGGGUGUCCUGACCAUGAAGCUAACGCACUUCCAGCCCCGCUACGUCCUCCUCCUCCCGCUGGAUCAGACCAAGCAUGAACAACGUCUGCAGUCUGUCGGAAACCUCUCCGCCUCUCAGGUCCAGUUUGCAGUGGAUAGGACCAACCUCUACCAGCACAUGCAUCAGAAUAAACCAGGUUUCUUUGACAGAAGCAUUGACACCACUGACCCUGAGAUGGCCUUCAAGCUGGUCCGCAACCUGGUCCUGUCCUACCUGGGUCUGGCCGUUCCAGACAGCCCUGAACCCUCAAGUCAGGAACAGGACUCGUCCUCCAUCUACUCCCAGUCUCAGACCAGUUCUGCCAUGAGAUCCGAGAGCCACUCCCCUUCCUUCUCUCAGUCCACUGGUCGACAGGGUCCGCCAGGGAUCGUUGAGAACCCUCCAUCUCCUACCAACAUGAGGACAUGGAUGAAACCUGUCGUUGAUCCUCCCCCUAGACCCCUAAGCCAGAACUCUAAGAAGAGGCAAGAGUCAACUAUGAGUGAUAUAGAAAAGAUCUCAUAUGAAAGGAGAAAGAGUGCUGCCAAGGAAGCUGUCUCUGGUAUCGUACCAAGACCAUUGGAUCAACUUAUCAAUGAACCACCAUCCACAGCACCAGGCAAGCAGUUGGAAGGGCUAGGUGACGAACCCAACCGCCCCAAGACCGUGCCCAACAGUGCUAUCCGCUACCUGGCGGGGAGUCCCGACUCCAGCGUUGCGAGCUCCAGGAGUGACUCUAGAAUGUCCAGUCUGUCCGAUGCUAGAGGUAUGUCGGCGUCACCGAGCGGGUCGCAGACGUCCUUCCAGAUGGUUGGUGGUUCUGAUGGACAUGCUUCUAGACCUGGGAGCGUCGGGUCUCUUCCGGAAGAUAGGCCAGUCCUGCCUCCGAUUCAGUCUGGACAGAAUUCAUAGCCUCAGAACUGUUUUCUUUUCUCCUGCUCUCUGGGUUGAGCCAUUAUUCUCUUUAUUCUUUCCAAAAAUGUCCACACAUUUAAUCUAUUUGAUAUACACUGAAAGAGCAAUGUAGAUGUAAUGCCUUGCUCGAGGGAAUAGUGCUGUGCUGAGGAUUGAACCCCUAUCUUUCAUAGUCAAGGGCCUUUGACCACCCGACCACAGCGCCUCAUGCUGUAAGAGGACAUUAUUACUCAAGGACAUAUGAUAGCACUAUGACCCCUCAAUGUGACAAGCAUGACAAGCACCGUCAAUUAAUUCUCCUUAAAGGUCUAUGGGGUCACGAAAACCUUGUAACUUUUUUAUGUACAUUUAUUUUAAACAUCUACAAAUGAUUUACACAAAAUUUAAUUACAAAAUCACUAAAUAUGAAAGAUUAUUUUAAAGAAAAAAGUGAUUUUGUUUCAUAUUUUGUUUAUAUAAUUUGUUGAUUGAAUCCUGUUCCAUGAUUGGUCAACAUAGCAUCAUGCGACCAAACAUAACAACACAUAACAUUGGUAUUUUUUAAAAAUAAUCAUCCUGGUGUAAAUUAUCCUGAGGGUAACCAACCAACUGAGAGAAAAUAAAAUAACCCAAUUCAUAGAAAUAGACCAGACCAUUUCGUAGGGGGGUGUCUAUUUCAAAUGAAGAUCAUGUAAAUUCACCUGAGGUAAUCAUUGAACUUAGAGAAAAUAAAACAGCCCAACUAAAAUGGAACAACCCAAUUCAUGGAAAUACAAUGAGAAAGGACUAGAGUAAGGAUGUGUUACCGUCCUGGGUGGUGAUGUAGUGAAGAGUAUACAACAAAAGGACAAGAUCAUUUUUGGAUAGGUGUGGGUGUCUUUUGGACAUGAAGACUAUCUAAAGUGACCUAAAAGUUACCAUUGAACUUAGAGAAAAUAGAAAUACCCAACUAAAAUAGAAUGACCCCAUUCAUAGAAAUAACAAUGAGAAAGAACUAAGAAGAGAGUGGUUAAAUGGCCUGGGUGAUUAGGUAAUGAAGAAUGUACAACAUAAGGACAAGAUCAUUUUUGGAGGAGGGGUGUCCUUUUGACAUGAAGACCAUGUAAAGUAAUCUAAAGAUAACCACUGAACGUAAGAGAAAGUAGAAAUACCCAACUAAAAUGGAAUGACCCCGUUCAUAGAAGUACAAUGAUGAAGAACUAGGAUGAGGACAGUUGAAUGACCUUGGUGAUUAUGUAAUGAAGAAUGUACAUCAAAAGAAGAAGAUGAUAAUGGAAUGAAUGAGCACAUCUGAAUAGGAAAAGAAUUAAGGUGACCAGAGAAGUAGGGCAGUGACAGAUGUGAUGAAUUAGAACAAAAGUGUCUAUUGAAGCUAAACUGAAAAACAGCAAACUGAUCUCAACUGAAUAGAUUUCAAACAAAAGCAAACGCAUAGGUACAAAGAACCUUCCUACAAAAGCAUCAGUUGUUAACAUAAGUUCACAGAAGAUACUAUGUUUGUGUAGGUAAUAUUUCUAGUAGCUAGAUUUUUAUUGUGUUGCUAGUCAAAUGUACUGUAUAUUGGUUUAAAAAAAAACCAAAGAUAUAUAAAACAUGCCGGGCAAGAAAUUGACAUUGAAAUUUUCAAGGUUUGCUUCUUACAAAUGAAUAAUGAUAAUAAUCAUAACAACCGACUGCCUAAAUCUGCAACUUUGCAUAACUUUUAACAUUGAAGUGAAUGGGGAUCUUCGGUGCUCUUUUAAGCACUUGGGAGGGGGGGGGGGGGGAAUCGCCCUGAGCUCCAGUGUAAUUUUUUCCUGAACCAUAUUUUAUU